AUGAGGACGUGUUUCGGUCUGCUUUUGUUGACGCUGGUCGCUGUGCGCGCUUCACUGAUAACAUUCCAAUCCCGAGAUGAAUGUAUUGUUGGAUGCGCAAGAAUGUGGGCCGAUUAUAUCCAAAUGUGUUUGAGCCGCCGUAUUGGGGCUCCAUGUAUUAAUCUGAAUGAAAAUGGCAGGGGAGUUUGCUCAAACUAUUGCGAGAGGUACUUUCCGACAACGCCGCAUCGGUAG